AUGGAUAGGAGAAAUGACUCCGAUUAUAAGAUGACCCCGUUCCAGGGCCUUCUGCCUCCCCCUGGGAGCCGGGGGCUUCACUUCCCUCCAGAUGUACAGGCUGAGACAACAGAAGAAGACAAGGACCCCCUGGCCAUGGACCCACCAGUUGCCAACCAGCCUCAGAAAAGCAAGACCAAGAAGGCCCCUAUUAAGGCUAUCACUAAGACUAUACCUGCUGCCUCUCCAGUUCCAUCUGCCAAUGUGAUUACCACCAACAAGCCUAAAAUAACUUUUCCGGCUUUAAACCUGCCGAUCAUCCCCCAGAUCAACCAGGCUUCAGCUACCACUGAGGUAGCCAAUACUCAGGCUUCUUCAUUCACUGCUCAGCCUAAGAAAGCCAACAAGACAAAGAGAGUUACUGCUAAGGCAGCCCAAGGCUCCCAAUUUCCAACUGGCAGUGAGAGUGUCACUACACAGAUCAAGUUAUCCAUGCAGGCCCUAAACCUGCCAGUCAUCCCACAGACUAUCCAGGCUCUAAUUACCAGUGAGUCAGCCAAUUCUUAAGCCUUGUUAGCCUCCACCAAGCCUAAGAAGGCUUCCAAGGUUAAGAAGGCUAACAAUAAGACCAUAGCUAGUGCCACUGAGACUUCACUGGCUCCAUCCACCACCUACACAGCUACCACCCAAGGCCAAAUUACCUCCAUCCGAACUAAGAAAGUCUCCAGAGCCAAGAAGGCAACUGUUAAGGGCACAAAUACUGAUGCUGAGUUCCUAGAGGCCCAAGAUGCCACUGAGACAGCUACCAGGCAGACUGAGGCCUCAGCAGAAGCUCUCUGGCCAAAAAAAUCCAAGGGCAAGAAGGCUGCCUAUAAGGGCCCAAGUUCUGCCUAUGAGAUCUCUGAUGCCCCACAUGCCAGUCAAAUGGUCACAGACAAAGCCCUAGCAGCCACUCUCUGCGUCAGGAGAGGGUACAGGGCUCGAAAAGUUGACACUAAGGCCUGGACAACUGAAAGCCAGAAUCAAAUUCACCAAGGGGCCCAGGCCAAGAUGGCCACCUCUCAGACCAACAUAAGUGACCUUGAGACUCAGGUUGCCGCUGCUAUCCAGUCUCUGGCAGAUGACUACCUGGCUCAGUUAAGUCUGGAGCCCACAACCAAGACCUGGGGUAAAAGGAACCAAAAGUCCAAGCAUCUGAAUGGGGAUGAGAGAGGUGGUGGUUAUUAUAGGCGGAUUCUAUGGGGCUGGAGGCCUCCUCUAUCCAGAGAUGUGGCCAUUUUGCAAGAAAGGGCAAAUAAGUCAGUGAAAUACCUGUUGGUUAAGGCAAAGAUCCCCAUCAAGCGCUCAGACAUGCUGAAGGAUGUCAUCCAAGAAUAUGAAUGAGCAAGCUAUGCUCUGGAGAAGAUGUUUCGAGUCAAUCUGAAGGAAACUGAUAAACAAAGUAGCUUGUAUAUUCUCAUCAGUAUUCAGGAAUCCUCUGCAGGCAUACUGGCAACGACCAAGGACACACCAAAACUAGAUCUUCUCAUGGUGAUUCUGAGUGUCAUUUUUAUGAAUGUCAACAAGGCCAAUGAGGCUGUCAUCUGGGAGGUGCUGCGCAAGUUGGGGCUGCACCCUGGGGUAAGGCACUCACACUUUGGGGAAGUGUGGGAGCUCAUCACAGACGAGUUUGUGAAGCAGACAUAAGUGGUGUACCUGGCAUACAAGAGGGUCCCCAACAACAGACCACCUGAAUAUGAGUUCUUCUGGGGCUUGUGCUCCUACCAUGAGACGAGCAAGAUGAAAGUUCUCAAGUUUGCAUGCAAGGUGCAGAAGAAAGACCCCAAGGACUGGGCUGCACAGUACCAGGAGGCAGUGGAGAUGGAAGUCCAAGCUGCAGCUGUGGCUGUAGCUGAGGCUAAGGCCAGGGCUGAGGCAAGAGCCCAAAUGGGGAUUGGAGAGGAAGCUGUGGCUGGGCCUUGGAAUUGGGAUAACAUGGAUAUCGACUGCCUAACAAGGGAAGAGUUAGGCGAUGAUGCUGAGGCCUGCAGCAGAUUUUCACUUGAAAUUGAGGCCAGAGCCCAAGAAAAUGCAAAUGCCUGCACCAACAUUGACUUUAGCAGAGGAGGUAGCACCAGGGCUAGCUACAGCGAUGGUGCUAGUAUUAGAUUCAGUGGUAUGCCCAGUCCCAGUAAUGGCUUUGGUGGCAGAGCUGGCAUUAGCUUUGGUGGCACAUGCAGCACCAGUGCCAGCUUAAACAGCGUAGCCAGCAUUUGCUUUGGUGGCACACCCAGCACUUGUUACACUUUCAGUGGAGGAGCGAGCAUUAGCUUUGAUGGUGCAGCCAGCACCAGCUCUAGUUUCAGCAGUGAAGCCAGCAUUAGCUUUGGUGGCACACCUUGCACCUGUACCAGCUUCAGUGGUGGAGCCAGCUCUGGUUUUGGAGGCAUACUCAGUACCACUGCUGGCUUCAGUGAUGCACUCAUUAUGAGCACCAGCUUUGGUAGUACACUUGGCACCAGUGCAGUCUUUAGUGGUGCACUUAGCACCAGCACUGGCUUUGGUGGCACACUCAGCACUAGCGUCUACUUUGGUGGCUCUCCCAGUUCCAGUGCCAGCUUUGCUUUCACACUCAGUACCAGUAUCUGCUUCAGUGGCUUUCCUAGCACCAGCACUAGUUUUGAUGGUGUACUCAGUACCAGUGUUUCCUUUGGUAGCUCUUCUAGCAAUAGCACUGACUUUGGUGGUACACUAAGCAACAGCUUCUGCUUUGGUGGUUCUCCCAGCACUAUUGCCAGCUUUGGUGGUACACUCAGCACCAGUCUUGGCUUUGGUGGUGCACUCAACACCAGUGCUGGUUUUAGCAGUGCUGUCAGCAUUAGCACUGGCUUCUGUAGUACACCCAGCACCAACUCUGGCUUUGGCAGUGUGUUCAGUGCCAGUACUGACUUCAGUGGGGCACUUAACACCACUACUGACUUUGGCAGUGUUCCCAGCACCAGCAUUGGCUUUGGUGGAGCCCCCAGCACCAGUUUCUGCUUUGGCAGUGUGUCUAACACCAACCUAUGCUUUGGUGGCCCUCCUAGUACCAGCACCGGCUUUAGUGGUCCUACCAGUGCCAGUUUUGGUGAUGGACUCAGCAAGGCCGGUUUCAGCUUUGGCGAUGGGUUAAGCACCAGCACUGGAUUUGGUGGUGGACUGAUUUCCAGCAGUAUCUUUGGUGGUAGGCUUUGCACCAAUGCUGGUUUUGGCAGCACAUUUGGCACCAGUGCUGACUUUAGUAGUGGUCUCAGCAUCUGUGCUGUCUUUGGUGGUGGGCCUAAUACAAACUUCGACGGAGGACUGAGCACCAUCAUUGGCGUUGGCAGUGGUUCCAACACCAGCACUGGCUUUACUGGUGAACCCAGCACCAGCACCAGCUUUAUUGGUGGACCCAGUUCUAUUGUUGGCUUUGGCAGUGGACUGAACACCGAUGCUGGCUUCAACGGUGGACCGAGCAGUAGUGCUGGCUAUGGUGGUGGACCGAGCAAUGCUGCUGGCUUUGGUGGUGGAACCACCAGCCUUGGUGCCUGUAGCUUCUCCUAUGGCUAG